UCAGCGGGAUCGGAGGGUGUGAUGGAGGGUGUGAUGGAGGGUGUGAUGGAGGCUCUGACCGCUUGGCUGCCGUGCAGCCGUCACAGUGCUCCGUCUGAGAAGCUCCACGGCCACAGUAGUUAAAGAAAAGAAGAGGAAAAAAAAAAAACCCGCCCUCAGACCGGUCCGCGGUGAACGGCGAGGGACUGCAGCUCGGAGGGAAGUGGCCGCCCGGAGCCCGUCAGCAUGCGGCUCCUUUUCAGCGUCCUGUACCCGCUCCUUUCCCUCACCAUCUUCGGAUUAUAUCCCUCUAUGACUAUUGGUCCUAAGGAGGGCUGGCAGGUGUACAGCUCAGCCCAGGAUGCCGAUGGACGCUGCAUCUGCACAGUGGUGGCACCGGAACAGAGCCUGUGCUCCAGAGAUGCCAAGAGCCGGCAGCUCCGCCAGCUACUAGAGAAGGUGCAGAACAUGUCUCAGUCCAUCGAGGUGCUGAAUCUGCGGACUCAGAGAGAUUUCCAAUACGUCAUGAAGAUGGAGAACCAGAUGAAGGGCCUGAGGACCAAGUUCAGGCAAAUCGAAGAUGACAGAAAAUCCAUCAUAGCCAAAAACUUUCAGGAGCUUACGGACAAGAUGGACGAGCUGAAGCCGUUGAUCCCCGUGCUGGAGCAGUACAAGAUGGAUGCCGCGCUCAUCUCCCAGUUCAAGGAGGAGAUCAGGAACCUGUCGGUGGUGCUGACGGGCAUCCAGGAGGAGCUGGGGGCCUACGACUACGACGAGCUUUACCAGCGCGUCCUCAGACUGGACACCAGGCUCCGCAGCUGCAUGGGCAAGCUAACGUGUGGGAAAUUAAUGAAAAUCACUGGACCUGCUACAAUAAAGACAUCUGGAACCCGGUUUGGGGCAUGGAUGACUGAUCCUCUAGCAUCAACCAGAAACAACAGGGUGUGGUACAUGGACAGCUACACCAACAGCAAGAUUGUGCGUGAGUACAAAACAAUGGAAGAUUUCGUAUCAGGGGUGGUUUCCCGAACCUACAGCCUCCCGUUUAAAUGGGAAGGAACCAAUCACAUCGUCUACAACGGAUCCCUUUACUACAACAAGUACCAGAGCAACAUCAUUGUCAGGUACAGCUUCGACACGGGCAGCGUGCUGGCCCAGCGGGCUUUGGAGUUCGCCGGAUUCCACAACAUGUACCCGUACACGUGGGGGGGGUACUCCGACAUCGACGUCAUGGCUGAUGAACUGGGAAUGUGGGCUGUGUACGCGACCAACCAGAACGCAGGAAACGUGGUCAUCUCUCAGAUAGAACCUGACACGCUGCACGUCCUGAAGACCUGGAACACAGAAUACUCCAAAAGAAACGCCGGAGAGUCAUUUAUGAUCUGCGGGACGCUCUACGUUACCAACUCUCACCUGUCGGGGGCGAAGGUUUACUACGCUUACUCCACCAAGACUUCCAGUUAUGAGUACAUCGACAUUCCUUUCCACAACCAGUACUUUCACAUCUCCAUGCUUGACUAUAAUGCCAGAGAAAGAGCACUGUAUGGAUGGAAUAACGGGCAUCAGGUGAUCUUUAACGUCACCCUGUUUCAUGUCAUAAAAACUGAAGAUGACUCUUAAACACCACGACUGAAGGACCAGUGUUGGUGAUGCGAGGACCUCCUAAUUAACUGUUUUCUUUGGUAAAAAGUGGAGCUUGGUGUCUUUAAUUGACCUUUUUAAAUGUGUGGUUCUGUAUUCUUGAGUAAAGCAUGGACACCAAGGACUUCACUAGAGAUCACAUCAAAUGUUUUUUUACACUUUUCCAUUGCUGCUGAUCACAUUGGUUAUGGAGUAUUUGCUACAGUACGUGUUGGGUUUGCCAACCAAAGACUUUUGACAGCUUUUGCAUGAAUGUAAACAUUUUGUCUGAUGUGAUUUGCUGUAAUACAGCCGUGUUUUGUUCCAAAAUCUGUCACUCGCUUACGGUGUUUGCUUUACUGUCCCAUUAAAGUAUUUACAACUUUGGAAGCAACAGCACAUUUGCCGCAAUGUAAAUUAAAUGUAGCUGCCAUCCUUUUAAACGGCUCUGUAAAUUAUUGCGGUUAUGAAGUCUCUGUGGAAGAAGGACGUUUGUAUUUUUUAUAAGCAAAAAUCAUAGGAGAGUGUCCGUGCAAGUAGGUAUUGUACAUUUUAAUGAAUUGGUUUGAACUGGUAAAAGUACAACCUCCCCCGAUCUGACGACGAAUAAAAGCAAAUAAAAUGAACACAUGACGCAAUGGUUGGCAAGUCAUUUAAACACUAUAUGUGAGUUGAACUGGUAAAGUAUAUAUGUUUUUAUU